UGCAUGGAAGGGAUUGAAGUAAAAAUAGUUAGUCAGAGAGGAAUAGUAAAAAGUAGAAGAAAAAAAAGUAUAAAAUAUAUAUAUGGGCAACAACUUUUGCGCAGCAACAGAAAAAAAAUUUUUUUCAUUCAGUCAAGUGGAAAUUUUUAUAAGAAAGGAGAAGGGAUUGAAGGAGUGUAAAGAAGAGUGAUUUCGUCUUGACUCUCUCUUCAAAAUACCCAAAAAAAACUUUUUUUUUAACUGGCUGGUUGUGUUUGCUAUUUUUAUUUCUUUACUUGGUUGUUGCCUCCAGCAGUGCCGCGCAAAUUAUUUUGUGAUAGAUUUUGAAAGGUAUGCGCAAAAGAAAAAAGAUUUUUUAUUUGGGUAUCUACGCCUUUUGGAUUUUCUUUAAAAUUUGAAAAGAAAAGAUUAUUGGAGAAUGAUUGGGGAUAUAUUGG